GACGGAGGAACCAGGAGAGACACACACAUUGUCUCUCAGGCCUGAGCUCCGACUACCACAGAGCCAACAGAGAGACGACCUCAUGAUUCUUUGGGUGAUUACGGGUCUGUUGUUGGAGGGUGUCGCAGGUGUCGCUCUGGACCCGUGCUCUGCCUACACCAGCCUGAAUGAGCCCUGGAGGAGCACAGAGUAUCACGUCAACCAGUCCUCCGGCGGCCCCUUUUGUGACAGCCACGUGUCCGGGGAAUGGUACCGCUUCACGGGCAUGGCCGGGGACGCCAUGCCCACCUUCUGCGUCUCUGAAGACCACUGUGGCACGCAUGCCCCCAUCUGGCUCAACGGCAGCCACCCCGAACCCCACGAAGGCAUCGUCACCCUGCCCGUUUGUGCCAGCUUCAAUGACAACUGCUGCCGGUGGAACGCCAGCAUCGAUGUGAAGGCCUGCACUGGAGGAUAUUUUGUGUACCGCCUGCCCAGACCCCCGGUCUGCUUCCAUGUGUACUGUGGCCAUUUCUAUGACAUCUGUGAUGAGGUGGACUGCGCGGGUUCCAGUUGUCCCAAGUCUGACUGUCGCUGUGCGCCUGGGACUGUCCUGGGACCGGACAGACAAACGUGCCUCGAUGUGAACGAAUGUGCAAAGGGCAACGGUGGCUGUGCAGAGAUGUGUGUGAACACCAAAGGCUCCAGGCGCUGCGAGUGCGGGUCGGGUCGUGUGCUGGCCGCCGACGGAAGCAACUGCAGGGAGGUAGCAGGCUGUCAUGUGAACAAUGGAGGCUGCAGCCACGGUUGCUCCUCGCUAUUGGACUCCUAUCAGUGCCACUGUCCCAGAGGGCUGGAGCUGGGGGAGGAUAAACGCACAUGUCAGGUGCCAGUCCAGUGUGAUUCCAGCGCUAUUAUAGUGUCGGUUCCAAAGGACCUCGUGGAGGGACUGGAGCUUUCUCUGUCCAACUCGUCUUGUCGCGGCGUCUCCAAUGGGACACACAUCAACCUCAGCUUCAGCCUCAACACCUGCGGCACCGUGGUGGAGGUGACGGAAUACAAGAUUGUGGGGAGCAACCUGGUGACCGGCCUCCCUCGGAGCAGCCCACGCAGCAGCAGUGACUUGAUAGUCCGCACCAGCAAGCUGGUGCUCCCGGUCACGUGUGAGUUCCCCAGGGAGUACCAAGUGUCGGACGGAUACCAGGCCAGUCAGCGCAGCUCGGCCCUGGAGCUGGCAGGCCGCAGUGAGGGCGUCUUCCCCUUCGCCCUGGAGCUCUUCAAGAGCGCAGAGUUCUCGGAGCCCUACAGCGCCCCGCCCCAGCUGCGCCUGCACGACUCCCUGUUCUUCGGGGUGGAGCCCAAGGAGAGGGUGGAGGGCCUCUCUGCACUGGUGGAGAGCUGCUUCGCCACACCAGGGCCCAGGGCCGACCAGGCCCUGAAGUAUUAUCUCAUCAAAGACGGGUGCAUCUCUGAUGAAACAGUCACACAGUACUUAUCCAAGGACCAGCUCUCCAAGCACUACCAGGUUCCUGUUUUCAAGUUCAUCGGAAAGGACAACCGACAAGUGUUCCUACACUGCCAGGUGUUAGUGUGCCGAGCAGGAGACUCCCACUGCUCCAAAGGUUGUGGAGGACGUGUCCGCAGAGAUGUUCGCACCACUAAACCUCAGGAGCCGCACACUCUGAGUGGAGGCCCCAUCUUCAUCUUGCCUGAGCCAGGACGCUAA